UUUUUUUUCUAGUCUUGUGUUAUUUCUCUCAAGUUGAGAAAAAAAACAACAAAAUACAUCUUAUAUGCUCUAAAGCACAAAACAAAACUUGUUAUCAUGAGUCUGCCGCAAACAGUUAUAGCCAUAACCACAACAAAUAAAUUAGAAAAGAAACACAAUUUGUUACAAAGAAACGGUAGCCAAUUGCUACAACAUGCUACUCGAUUCGGCUUAAAAAGGUCACUUACAACAAGAGUGACAUCCUCUUCUCCACAAACUCAACCAAAGUCAUCGGUCUCUGUUUCUUUUACUUUAACAAAAGAUCCAAAAAAAGAAAAUAUACCAAACAUUCAGACUGAAUCCAAUCCUUCUUAUUCUCCUACAAACACUAAAAUGUCAGCAUUUGAUAUGCAAUCACGGUCGCUUUCAACGAUACCCGAAAACAAGCAACAGUCGUUGUUCAAAACCCUAAAUAAUCAACCGCCUCGAUAUUAUCGUGCGUUUUUGUCUUCAGUCGCAUAUGAAUUGAAACGACGCAUUAUCUUGAGUGACAGAAUAAAAAACGAUAUUGAGUAUCAUAAUGUGUUUGAUGGAAAAGAAGCAGUGGAUAAACUGAAGGAUAUAUUAGGCACAGUAGAUCGUCAGCUUGCCUUAAGGGUGGGCCGUGCACUUGAAAUGCAACGAUUUUUUCACGAUGUGAAUUACGAAAAGAGAUUGAUAGAUGAUAUUAUCGAGAUUUAUCAGUUCAAUGAACUUCUCUUUCACACUAAUCACGAAUCGAGUACAACACAUAGCAGCAGCAACACUGAUCAAUCUACCACACUCACAUCGCACUCAGUGACUUCAACCAUCAUUAAUAGCUAUACUAGUGAUGACGACGAUUUUGACGAAGAUGAUGAUCACAAUUCACUCAGUACAGAAACAACUACGGCCACACAUAGCCCAAAUUUACAAAAGGAAUUAUUACCUAAUGGUGUUUACACUGAACUUACGCACUGUUAUACACCUACUUGUUACGACAAUGUGUACCCUUGCUACAGUUACACAUGUCCUAAAAGAGAAAAACUGAGAAAGAGACCUCUUAGUGUUGACACAAGAGAAAAACGAGCAACAGCUUAUGCAUAUGAAGUUCAAAAACAUCAGCAGUUAUGGAGUCAGACAGUGGAUGACUAUAUUGUUCUGUCUACACCAGCAAACGAAAGGAAAAGACAAGAAACCAUAUUUGAACUUGUGUACACGGAAGAAAACUUUCUGAAAGAUCUUGAAUACGUGAUCAAGAUGUGGAUUGAACCUCUCAAGACAAGUGAUAUCAUACCCAAACAUCGCAGAGAAGAGUUCAUUGAUAGAGUCUUUUCAAACUUGAUUGAGAUUCGCGAAAUUAGCAAUAAUCUUACUUUGGCUCUCAGGGCAAGGCAACAGGAGCAUCCUAUUGUUUCACAAAUUAGUGAUAUCAUGCAGCAUUUUGUAGCUGAAUUUGAACCUUUUGUGUACUAUGGCGCCAGACAGCAUCAAGCGAAACAUAUGUAUGAACAUGAGCGAUACAACAAUCCUAAGUUUGCAUUGUUUGCAGAGCAAACAGAAAGAGAUAUUUCUUCACGAAAAUUGGAAUUAAAUGGAUAUCUCACAAAACCAACCACACGGCUUGGAAGAUACACUUUAUUAUUAGACAAGAUUUAUGCACGCACUUUACCUACUCAUCCUGAUAAAGAGAAAAUACCUUCUAUUAUUGAAACCAUCAAACAAUUGUUGCAGCGUGUUAAUAAUGCAGCAGGAGCAGCUAAAAACAGAUUCGACCUUGAACAAAUUCAUCACCACUUAUCAUUCAAGAACAAAAAGGAUGUCAUGAACUUGAGACUGCUUAAACCAGAACGAAGUAUUAUCAAACAAGGCACUUUUAGAAAGACAGCAGCACUUGAUUCAACACGAUAUCAAGUCAUUUUGUUCGACCAUUAUUUGAUGAUUGCCAAAGUCAAGAUGAUAAAUGCUAUUGAGCAUUAUCAGAUUCAGAAAAGACCAAUACCUAUUGAACUUUUGGGUGCCAACUUGCCUCCUAUUUAUGAUGGUCUACAACGAAAGAAAUCACUUACUAUAUUGUCUGCUUUGGAUCGCACCUUACCACCUUCACCUAAUAACACAACCCAUAAGAUUAAUACAUUUAAUUCACAGCCUAUUGAGCAAAACACACGAACAGGGGCACCUAUCACUUUUUAUCAUCAAGGUAAAAACCUGGAGGAUGCAAUUACACUGUACGCACCUAAUGAGCCCAAUCGAAAAUCAUGGAAUGAAACUAUUCAAAAGCAACGCGACACCAAGCUGAAGAGACAGCCAGCAUUUGAAAUAGUAGACAGUACAAAGCGAUACGAGUUUUUCGCAGACAUCAAAGCACAUCACAUGUUGAUCUUUGAUCAAGGCAAAAGCUACAUGUUGGCCACAGAUGCUGGUCUUUAUGUAGGUCCUAAUCAUUCUGUUCAUACAGGUGUUCCUCGAAAGAUAUUACCUCUUGAAAAAGUAACUCAAGUGCAUGUACUAGAAGAUUAUCAGCUCUUGCUGGUCUUGGCUGAUAACACCCUGUGGCAAUAUCCUCUUGAUAUUACUAUCAAUGGUCAACCCGAUGGGAUCAAAAGCAUUCAAUGCUUUGGUCGAAAAAUUCGUACGAAUGUAUCCUUUUUCCAUGUAGGAAAAUGCCUUGAUCAAACCUUGAUCUGUGUACCAAAACCACCUUCUGUCAAUGGUACCGAAAUCGAUUUGUUUGAACCUUCUAUGCCAAAAACAGAGCUCAAAAAGAAGUCGUUAUUAGGAAGAUUGUCUAUUAAAUCCUCUUCUGCUUUGUCAUUGACAAAUACCCAAGUGACUCAGCUCAAGUCUAUUUACAGUCCCUGUGAUGUCUGGGCAAUUGAUAAUACACGAUCUAUGUUAUUAUUGACAACACCUCUUGGUAUUGUAGCUGUUGAUAUGAAGACAAAAAAGCAGACAGUAAGUCUUUUAGAUCCUUCUGAUAAACAUUUGAAUUUCAUCACAAGAAAUGAAAAAGUAGAUGAACAAAUGAAGCUUAACCCAGUUGUGAAACGCAUUGCUGUUUUCCAAGCACCAAAUGGAGAGUAUCUUAUUUGUUACGACAAAUAUGCUUUUUACAUUGAUAAAAAGGGAAGACGAGCUCAACAUAAAUUCAAGAUUGAAUGGGAAGGCCACCCGACUGCAUUUGCCUUUCACCAUCCAUACGUGAUUGCAUUUGAACAGCAGUUCAUUGAAAUAAGAAGUGCCAUUGAUGUAUGUGUGUAUGCGUAUAUGAUGAUUUGAAUAAUUCACAUUGUUAUAGGGACAUUUGGAACAAGUGAUACAAGAGAAAAACUUGGAUUGUUUACAACAUAGUCACAAAUCCAAAGGACCCUUUAUAUUAGGCACCAUGCUGGACAAGACAAAUUCUAUAUACCAACACAUUUUUGAACUACAACCAGUUAUUCUAAAAUAAUCAUAAUAAAUCUAUAUACCAAAUCGAUCUUUUUUUAAAAAAA